CGGGUUUCUUUGCAAAUAUAGUGUCUGUGUCAGAAGACAGAAUGAGCCCUACAAACUCCGCAGACCUGUUCCCCACCCUGGCUUCAUCCAGAGAGUCCAUCCUCUCAGAGGGCUCGGACAGAGACAAGAGUUGGUCGGCCAUGGAACUUUCCUCUCUCACCUCUCCGUUUUCUCUCAGCCGCACUGUAUCUCCCUGCUCAUCUGUCCGGUCGGGCACUUUCACACCUAGUGUCAUUCAGAUUAAGAGGCACUUUCUUGCUCCUGGCUCUAGUCUGAUCCACACCCCUUGUUUUUCAUCCUGCGAGAGCCUCUGCUCCUCCGCCGGUCCCCAGUCCCCUCCUCCUCCUCCCCGGCACCGGCCUCCUCUCACCCGACUCUCCCUCCUCACUGCCAUCCUGAGAAAAGGCCGUCUUCCUAUCCUCUCCCCUGCGCUGCAGAGGCCUUACACCCCCUGCUGGCCUAUUAACCCUGUGACCCUGUCUUUCUGUAAGGCCUGCUCAGCGGCCUCCAGUGUGGCCUCCAUUCCCCUUGACUUUUCAUCUCAGUUCUCUUCAUCAGCGUCUAUAGAUAGUCAGAGCCAUGUUCACAGGGAGCCUAAUAGAUGCGUCACCGCUCAACCACAUGUGCAGUUAAAUGAGCCCAGCGGAACAUGCCUUCAUACUAAGGCGGAAACAAGCUCUGAGAAGAUUUGUGCGAGUAGUGCGUCUAGAUGGCAGCAGGUUAUUUCACCCCUGGCAGUGAAAAGCAUGCUGCCUCGAGCUCCUCCAUUAUUUUGCUCAAAUUUAAAAUCUGUUCCUCCCUCAAAGCAUGAAGACAUACAUAAAAAGCUGCAAUACACACACAUGCCUAUUUCCAAGUCGCCUGAGAUGAAACCCAUCCAGGCUCACAUUUACCUCAAGGACCCUGCAGACCAGAACCUGAAAAAACAAAUCUCGCCUUCCCCUAAAGUUAUUAAUGAGCAAGACACCUAUGCACCCCAGCAAUGGAAUCCCCCACCAAAUUCAUCUACCUCAAAGCUUCACUCGCUCUCUAAACAACUGAGAUCUCCUCCUGUCUGCCCUUCUCAUCUUCAGCCUGCACAUGCACGCUCACCCGGUGUCACAGUUUUCUGUGACAGAGCAUCACCACCUGCACAAGACACCACAUAUAGGUGUGAGCCAGGAAGGACCAGCCCUGAUUCUAAAAGGGCCACAAGUCCUUCAAUUAGUUUUCACAAAGCUCACUGUCUCUCUCCUUCCCGCUACACACACAUGGCUUUUCCCGGAUUGCCGUCACCCACCACCACCCCUACGCCUUCCCCUGCAGCAAUCAGAGACUUCACCCCGUCACCUUCUCUCUCCGUGCGCUCCACGCCCUCCCCAAGGCCAGGGAGUGCAAUAUCAGACUGCAGUGACAGGGAGGGUAAAAAAAGAAAGACACACAAAAUUAAGUUAAGGUACAAAUCGCUCGCUGCAAUUCCCACAAACACCCUUCUGAUGGAUCAACAGGCAAUUGACGAGCAGGUGGAGAGAGAAGAGAGUCCGUGUGACAGGCUGAGUGUAGGUGAAAUAAUUGACAGAGGUGUUGAAGACACCCACGCUGAGAUGUGCUCACCCGCUGAGCUCCGGCAACAGUCCGAGGAACUCUAUGCCGUUAUUGAUGAGAUACUGGCAUUCUCCAUUCCACCAAGCAAAGCAUCCCAGUCAUCGACUACCAUCGUGGGUCUGCAGAACAACUCAUCAUUUGCAAAAUCCCUGGGACGUGAAACCAAAUAUGCGUCUGUUUGCAGCUUGCACCCAUCAACUGGUGUGAAUAGAAAGCAAAUCAAUCCUAAAAAGACGAAGCCAGGGGUUAUUCGCCCGAUGACAGCGAUCCCAAGACUGACAGUCGAGGAUGAAGAAGAAUUUCAUCCAAACCCUUUCAGGCCAUUUGGUGUCAAGCAGAACUCCACUGCCAACAAAAAGAUGGCAAGUAUGAAUCUUUCAGAUGCAGGAAAAGAUUUUUACACAACAUCAAAUGGGCAAAAGAGAGGUCCAUUCUCGGGAUGUGAGCUGCAGAUUAAAGAGCCUGAGAUCAGAUGAGGCCACUUGUGAAAGCUGCCUCAACGUCUUUCAGUCCAACAGAAGGGCGUAUGGAAGCUUACGAAACUCAUAUUUGAUUCAUUAUCACUCAAGCAACAAAAGUUUAACAAGCCUAAGUGUUGCUCAAACGUCAUGUUUCCAGAUGUACCAUUAACAUUAAUGAAUGAUGGAAGAUUUAUAACUCAAAAUGCGUUUUGUACUUCUUAAAACUGUGGCCUAGUGUCAGGCAGAA